ACACCAACAGAAUCAGCCUGUCGGCCAUAACAACCAACUGCGCAAUUUCUGUUUCCGGGUUGCAGGAAAGGUGACGACAGGACAGGUAGCGCGAGCCAUGCAGGCUCUAUUUAUAAUUUUAACAUGUGGGCAUUAAUCAGCUAGGAAGUAAACUCGCAUAGUCACGAGCGUAAGGAGACUGUUCCUGCAGUAAAGGCACGAGGACAGAAGUGUAAGCAUGGGUGUUCAAGAAAGGAUUGCAAGAAUUCUGACACACAAGCAGGGUAAAGUAUAGGUAGACCUGCUCCAAUGCUCAUCUUCGGCCUCAAGUCUGCAGCAAAUAUCUACUUGGAGGCCGUACUCGGUGAAGACCCAUCUGUCGUCAGCGACACUUUAACUUUCUCUCCGCAAGACUUCGACAUGGUGCAGAAAUAUCAUGAUAAGAUUGAAUUUCUUUCACAAGCAUUUGUUGACAUCCUCCCAAAGUGUACUUUAAGAAUACAAGGCAAACAGACAAGUGUCAACUUAGUAAGAGACUGUAUCAGUCAAGUUCUUAACCGCGACAGUGUCUUGCCUGUUCCUUCAAACAGAAAGAACAUUUCUUCUUUAUUAGUUAGAUGUGUAGACUCCUCUUUUCUGGGGGAUCGCUUGAGUCCAGAGCACUUUACUGACGGAGCUCCAUUGUCGCCAGCAGUGUCCGAUCAUCUCCGGUCUGAUGAAGUUGGUACUGAUAACACAGAAUCCAGUCAUUCGUCUCAGAGUGGGAACUACCGCCCUGAUUUGGGGCUCAUUGAAAGGGGGACAUUUGUUGCAGACAUAGCAAAGUCACCUGUGUCAGUCACAGGAAGUGAAGUUUUUCGUGACAAUAGUAUCAGUUCAAGUUCUCGGAGCGACUCUAGCGAGUCUGACCUUGACAUGGACAGGUUCAGCUCGGCAGAGUACAAGGCCAAGUUGGAGAAGGCUGUAAAGUUGGGCUACUCUGAAGAGCAGUUGAUACAGGCAUUGCAGAAAUUGGGAUUUGAUGCGGACCAGAACCAGGUCUUGUCUGAGAUGAUCAAGCUGGGGUCGUCUUCCAAGGGAACCCAAGAGGAAGCCAGGGGGUUUGAUGAAAGGAUUGACAGCUUUGAAGAUGUAGAUGGGCUCAUCGAGAGGAGGAAACGAGACGUGGUUGAUGACAGCAGCAACCUUCGACAUAUCGUCAUUGAUGGCAGCAAUGUUGCCAUGAGUCAUGGCAAAGAAGUGUUUUCUUGUCACGGUAUUCACCUUGCAGUGGAUUGGUUCCGACAGCGCGGACAUGAGAACAUUACGGUGUUCGUACCGCAGUGGAGGAAGGAGACGUCGCGGCCCGAUGCCCCGAUAACAGAUCAGGACAUCCUGCUGCAGCUGGAGAGGGACGGCAUACUCAGCUUCACCCCCGCCCGGCGCGUGGGGGGGCGGCGCGUGGUCUGCUACGACGACCGCUACAUUCUGAAGCUGGCGGCGGAGGUGGACGGGAUAGUGGUUUCCAAUGACAAUUACCGUGACCUUGUCAAUGAAAAGCCAGAGUUCAAGAAGGUCGUAGAAGAGAGGCUUCUUUUGUACACCUUUGCAUCCAACAGGUUUAUGCCCCCGGAUGACCCCCUUGGAAGGCGGGGCCCAACUCUGGACAACUUCUUACGUAAAGAGCCGACCGUUCCCGAACCUCUGCCCCCUGAAUGUCCGUAUGGUAAGAAGUGUACGUACGGCAGCAAGUGCCGCUACCAUCACCCAGAGAGGAAGAAUCAGCCACACCAGCUUGUGACGGACAAGCUCAAGGAACAGGCCAAGCAGAAGAUGCAGGAGUGGGCCUCCAAAGGUGUUGAUGACAAGAAGAAGCCGAGGGACGUGGGGAAGAAGGUCCCCAGGAAGCAGCCUCUGUCCCGCACUCAGUCUGUGUUCCCCGCGGGCCUCUCCGAUGAAUUCAUGGCCCCGGCAAGUAUAACCAGCACAGAUCUCUCAGAUAUGGCAAAGCCAGACAAGCCGGACUACAAUGACAAAUUAGAUAAGUUACGAAAGAACCUUGAACGAGCUGAGAAGGACCGUAAGGUGUAUACUGAUGACCGUGAACCAUCUCCAUCGAUCGUUGGCCGACGCACUCCGAACUAUGACUUUCCUGGUCUGGCCCAGCAGGACAACCAGCUCAAGGUGCCGCUGUCUCAACCAAAAGAAGGCCUUGUGAGUGGACAUCUCCUUCUGGCCAAGAAGUUGUCCGAUGAAGCUCAGGAUUCCAAAUUCUUCCGUAAGGACGGUGAUCAUUCUCCUGAUGAUGUGAGCAGUGCAUCGCCACAUCAGUUCACAUACCCUCCAAGUCCUCAAAGACCCGCAUCUCAGUCAUCUGGUCUGGGAGACAGUCCGUACCACCACAGGGUUUCCCCGCACCAUAUGCUUCCUCCCCAACCAGAACCCGGUGUCUGUCUGUCCGGCCCCAGCGCGCUCAUGAGGCAGGAUGGUUCGUCUGUAGGGUCAUUCGAGUAUGACCAGCAAUGCCAGAGUUUCCCGCUCCCGCCGACCAGCUUCCUCCCUCAACACCAUGCUGGCAGCGGCGGCGGCAGCAAGAAGGGGCAGAUGAUGUACUGGGGCUACCCGGACGAGGUGUAUGGACAUUCCUCCCUGCAUCACGCUCCCAGUGCGCCCAGCCAUUCCGGACAUGUGUCUCUCAGUCGGUCGAUGCAGCGACAGAAUAGCACAUCCGACCCUCAACUGCAUAUGGUGGGUGCAGACGGGGAAAGAAUGAAAUAUGACAGUGACAAAGGAAUGCCUCAUGCAUAUUCAUCUUCAAUACACCAGUACUCACCAUUCCAUCAGCCUGUGCAGCAUCAAGCAGGUGAGGCAGGAUAUCCUCAAGGAGCAGGUUACAUGCAUGGCUGGGGGGAGGUGUCAGGGGACAUGAUCUCCCAUCCCGUACAGCGCACGUACCACCCCUCCCCACAGGAUCAAUAUUCUCCUGCUGGUCAGGAGAGAAAGGUCAGCUCGGAUUAUGGGGUGUGGAACCGACCAGGCAGCAUCCCCCAGUCCCCCGUCAACCCCUACAGCCCACAGGCAAACAUGUCGCAUGUCCCCUUCCAACAAUCAGUGCAGCAACCCAUGCACUUGCACAUGCAAAGCUCCUCUCAGAUACCGUUCUCUGCCCCGUCAUCCAUGCCGCAGCGUGUUGACGCCCCCAUUGAAGUCAGUGACAGCCGCUACGCGCUGUACUACCACCUGUGUGGGUUGUUCCCGCGAGCCAAAGUAACCGCGGUGAUGAACCAACACCCAGAGGAAAGGGACCCUAAGAUUCUCUGUACCUACAUCAUGAGCUUAGGGGAACGCUUAUUCUAAUGGCUAGAAUGCACAAUACCGGAUUCCGCCAUGUUAGUAAGGAAUGUGCCUGACUUCCUUCCCUAGUUAAGCUUUUUUAGCUGCCUCGUUAGAAUAACAGGGUUGGGGGAUUGCCCCGAACAUAACACUUAAAACAAAUGCGAUCACAAUAAAUGUCAUUUUUAGUUUCCAAAGUUAAUGAAGCAUACCCUGUGUUUGUUGAAAUGUGGCCAGAUAGUUGUAAUGGAUGAGGUUGCCGCACACUCAAAGAACGUCAAGUUUUUUAUGUUAAUGUCCAAUUUUAGAUGUUGAUGAAUUGCUUUGAUAUUCAAUUUUAAGAUUUAAUCAUACUAAAACAUAAAAUAUAUUUUUCUGCAUAUUUGGAGCUUGAUCCCCUGUUUUAACAAUAGUCAAGGUGUUGCCUGCUUCUAUAAUAGAAGCAUGAAACCAACAUGGCAGAUAGGUAUCCGGUAUUCUCUAGGUGCACAGUGCAGUGAUUAAACCAGAUUGCCUGCUAGUCACAGACUCCUACUGAGAUCCACCAUGUUGUAUAACACUUAUAACCUGCUCUAUACACACAUAACCACCACAGUAGACUUCGUAGCAGAUUUUGCCAUUGUCUAAAGCCAAAGAAAGUUGAGCAGGUGACCGACAUAUUUUACCUGUUCCAAGUCCAACAGGACAACUUGGAAGAUUAACAUAAAUUAUACCUUUCUGAAAUGACAAGACGUCAAUGGAUACUUCAUAAUUUAGGAGUUUCAGCAGCCUGACAACACAAACAGGUGUUGUCGGAAUACAGGAAUUGAGUGGCCAUUCACUUCUGCGAUGUGUAGACGUUUUUAAGCAUGACUACAAGUUGAUAUAAUUUGAUAUUAUCUUGUUCUUCAAAGUCAACAUUUAUGAAAAUUACUGUAGUUGUGUAUUGAAGAAAGAGACAAGUUCUUCAAUGUUCCUGCAAGAAAAUGUAAUUAUGUGUCCUGGAAUGCUUCUUGGACUGUAUUAUGAUUAUAUCACUGUCAACAUGGACAUUAUACAUCCUACUGCUCUUAGAUUGCUGACCUCAGUUUCUACAAUUUAUUUCUGAUUAGUGAAAAAGCCAAAUCAGUCCUAGAGUGUGAACUUGAUUGUCGUUUGUCAUGGCUGUAAUCUUUAUUUCUUGUGACUAAUGCUCACGAGUGUAGUUUAGUUGGACGUCAAUCUCUGACAUAAUUAAAAUCAGGAACAGAAUGAAG